CUCUUUCAGAGUCUCCUGAGGGACCUGUGGAAGCACCAGGCUGGCGUGGACAGGCUGAGCCCCCUGGACCUUGAUGAGAUGGCCAACGCAAUUGCUGAUGUGGUGCAAGGCGUGGACCCUGAGGGUGGCCAGGACAGCCCUGGGAGAGAAGCUGGAGGGGACCCUGGAGAGCAGACAGACAGCCUGCAAGCAGCCCACCCUGGAGACGGUGUGCCAGAUGACGGAGAGCGAGAAGAGGACGACAGAGUCCACGACCAGGUCAGUCGUUUGAGCAUCAGACUUGGGGACCUCUUGCGCGAUCAUGGGUCUCAACUCCCGCCUGGAGCUCCCCCUCUUGCAAAAUCCUUCAAAACGGAGAUCAAGAAAGCAGAGGACCCCGAGGCUUCCUUGCCUUCAGAAGAGGAGGGCGCCGGGGUGGAAAAUGUGAAGAGUCGCUCCUACUCCACAGACUCGUUGGAGAGGAAGCUGGAUUCGGAGCCCAGAGUCGGUGGGCUUGGGGAGUUCCAAAACUGGAUUCAAGGGGCUCUAAGGGAAGAGCAGAGCCGGCAGGCAGGAGCUGGGGAGCCCGCUGGCCAAGGCCUGCAGUUGGAAGUCAAGUCUCCUGAGGAAGAGGAGUUCGGCUACAUCGUGACGGAGCUCGACCCCCUGAGCCCCGAGGCGGCGCGGCAGCUGACGGAGGACGUGGCUCGCCUGGCACGGGUGCCGGCCAGUGCCUUCGUGGACGUCGGUGUUCUGGGACCAGCAGUGACCUUCAAAGUGAGCGCCAAUGUCCAAAACGUGACCACGGCAGAUGUUGCAAAGGCCGCAGGGGAGGAAACUCAGACCAGAACCGCUGGCGGUGGACACCAGCAGGAUGGCCCUGGCUCUGUGAUCAUCCCUCAGCAACAGGCUGUGCACAGCUCUGCCAAGUUCUGCAGGUGUCAGCGUGGCCACGAGCAGAACGUGAUCCCUCGGACGGAAGCUCGUUCCGAGCGGCUCCGCCUCACCGCGUGCCUCUCACUCCUGCUGGAGCGGGGUCCAGAGCCGGGCUGUCCACGCACCGCACAGGAGUUCGUGGGCACACCUGCUACGGACACCCUCGUAGUGCUGGCACUUGUCACAGAGCGGAAGCGUACCCCCGGCACCCGCCGGUCACUGUCCUCUGACCUGCACCUGCCUGCCAUGUGCGUGGCUGCGGCUGCCUUCGGCAGUGAGCGUUGA